UGAAAAAACCCAUAAGAUUAAGAUAUUUUCUAAGUUUUCAUAAUAUUUUGAUAACCCGCUGUGUGAUGUAUAAUGCUUUUAUUUUCUCAAUUAGAUUAGAUGGUAUAAGUAAAGAGAAGCAGUGCUUGAUAAGGCUGGAAUCCAUAUAGUCCAAAACACCGAUGGUUUUAAUUCGAAUCUAAAAAUAAAUUCCGGGUUUUUGAAGAUUGUUUGAUAGAAUUUUUGUAGAUCAUUAGUCUCAUAUCGAACCGCAAUCUAAGAAGUUCGAGUUCUCAGCCAGUGUCUGUGUAUAAAUAUUAUUUCCUUAACAUUCAAAAGCUUACUGCAAUGUCAAGGAUAAAAAGUGCAUAUAUUACGUUGAUAUUAAUAUUGACGGUAACUUAUGAAGUUGAUAAAACAUAUGGAUUGACCACUUUUAAGUCCGCCAUGGGUGAACGUGGAGAAACAGCUCAAAUACAAACCACAACUUUACCACCAGUUACCACCUCUGAGUCUGUCUUGGGUGAAUCUGGAGAAACACCUGUCAGACGUGCGGGUGUCGAAAGAUCGGAAGCUGAUGUGCAAGCUGGCUUAGCCUUGUUACGACAACAAGCAAACUGCGGAAAAAGUGAUGCCGAUCGAGUUGGGAAUGGAGUAUAUGCCAAUCUCUCCGAAUUUCCAUGGAUGGCCUUGCUAAUAUAUUCAGAUGGUGUCGAAAGAAUGAUUAAAUGUGCUGGAACUUUGAUUCAUGAAAGAUAUGUUCUCACUGCAGCUCAUUGUAUCCAAACUCGAGGCAAAAGACUGGUAAGUGUGCGCUUGGGUGAUCAUGAUGCCGAAACCGAGGAAGAUUGUGAAGGCGAGGGCGAUAAAAGAAAAUGUGCUCCACCAACACAAGAAAUUGACAUAGAGGAGGCUAUUUAUCAUAAAGACUAUACUCACAUCGAGUAUUCCAAUGAUAUUGGAUUGCUGCGACUUGUUAACAAUGCUGUAAUUAGAACCAAUGUAAGACCAAUCUGCUUGCCUAUAACGCAGAAAUCAAGAGAUUACUCCUUAAGUCAUAUGAUGACAGCUGGAUGGCGCCUUAAGGACAAUCGCUCUAAGGCUAAGAUUCUACAAAAAGCAACAGUUCCUAUAAGAACCAUCGAUUAUUGUCAAGAAAUCUACAGAGCUUCUCGAAUCACCCAUAAACAAAUCUGUGUUGGAGGAGGAGAAUACCCCAUCAAUAUUUGCCAAGGUGAUUCAGGUGGGCCACUAUUUUAUAUUGCUCCAUACAAUUGGGAUGUGCGGUAUAUACAGUAUGGUGUGGCUAUGGGUAGUAGCAAUGUUUGUGGUUCUAAUGAACCUGGAAUAUACGUUAGAGUUGAGAAGUAUUUGAGGUGGAUUGCUUCCAAUUUAACAUAAUAAAAAUUAAGUGUAUUUUCUGAUGAAAGUUGUUAAAAUCUUACAAAACAAAAAUCUAUUAAGUUUGUCUGAGUGAAAUCUUAAAAAGUUCGCUAAAUAAAGAAGCAACGAAGGCCUUAAAGCUAUUUUAAUUAUUAUGUAGACUUUUCCUCGAUUUCGGCUAUAUUUUGUAGUUGAAUUCAUAAUAAAUAAAAAAAAAACGUUAACGUUUGACUGAAGACUUCUUUAUACCUAUAAAAAAUGUUACAUUAUUUAUUAAAUUAAAUAUUUGUUUGUUCAAAACUGUACAACUUUAUAAGGGGUUGACCUUAAGAUUUAUUUCCGGCAGGCAGCACAACGUACGCCUCUGACACCAGCAUUUAGUUGGCCUAAGAAAUAAAACAAAAUACACUCCCGCUCGAAUUUAACGUACAUCCUAUUUGUUUUACAGAAAAGUCCUAUUAUUACUUUAUGUCACAUCAGAAUCAUGGUUAUUUUCUCAAAUGAGACAGGAGUGAUACUAGAUUCAAGGUAUGGAAUAAAAUAAUUGUGCGGAAGGUUUGAAGAGGGAUUUGCUGAAGUCUGUUUGUCAAACCGCGAACCUCUGAGAGGUGAUACCAUAUGUUUGAAUUUUCUUCUUGUGUUAGAAGGAUCCACAAAAAACGUUCUCCAUUCAUGAUGGUCUAUUCUGCUUUCUCAGGGAAAGGACUAAAUUAUUUGUAUAUUGUGCAAAACACCAUAACGCAGGACUAUACUAUGUACAAAGGAACUUGAAAACGUUUUGAUUCUUUUAGUUCGGAAUAGGUUUUUGAGACUUGCAGCUUUUAUAUUUAUGCAAUACGGAGUUUCUUACAUAGUGUCACGUUAUUCCUGAAUGAAAAAAUUGUAGUAUUGUACCGGGCUGG